UACGAGGCAAACGAAUACAAAACCAGUAUCGAAUCAAAACCCGAAGGAACCGACAUAAGCUUCGUAAACAUCAGUGUGAGAGAAAUCUUGAGUUCUUGAGAGAAAAUCGAAAUCGAGUAAGAGUGAGAGGGAUUUGAUCGCUAAAACUUCUCAGAUCUCACUGCCAUGGCGAUUUCAUCAAGUCUCUCUCAUCUCUUUCAAAUCAUCUUCAUCAUUUCCCUUUCCGUCAUAUUCACUUCUUCUGAGAUUCGUUCUUCUGAGAUUCGUUCUGAUGAUAGAUCAAUCAUCCCCUUUGACGAAUUCGGUUUCACACAUACAGGUCGGUUAGAACUAAACGUAAGACAUAUUACUUUAUCGAACCCUAACCCUGAAUUAGAUCUUUCACAAAUAGGGUUUUUCUUAAGUACAAGAGAUUCAUGGAUUCAUGUUCUUCAGCAAAUUCAAGAUCUCGAUAUUACAUGUGCACUUCAAUCAGAAGUUGUUAAAGUUGUAUAUACUUUUGAUAAACUCAAAGGAGCAAAAGAAUUAGGAAUUGUGUAUUCUGAAUCGGAGUCUAAUCAAUUUACUCUUGUUUUUGCUAAUUGCUUACCUCAACUUCAAGUAUCAAUGGAUGUUAGAUCUGAGAUGUACAAUCUUGAUGGAAAGAAUAGUAAUCGUGAUUACUUAUCUGCUGGAAAAACUGUUCUACCUAGGGUUUAUUUUCUUUUCUUUUUGGCGUAUUUUUCACUAUCAGUUAUUUGGGUUUAUUUUCUAUACAAGAAAAGAUCAACAGUUUAUCAUAUACAUUACUUUAUGUUAGCUGUUUUGAUAUUGAAAUCGUUGAAUUUGCUAUGCGAAGCUGAAGAUAAAUCAUAUAUUAAACGGACUGGUAGUGCUCAUGGUUGGGAUGUUUUGUUUUACAUUUUCAGUUUUCUGAAAGGAAUUACACUUUUCACUUUGAUUGUAUUGAUUGGUACUGGAUGGUCAUUCUUGAAACCCUAUUUACAAGAUAAGGAAAAGAAAGUAUUAAUGAUUGUAAUCCCUCUUCAAGUUGUUGCGAAUAUUGCUCAAGUUGUGAUUGAUGAAAGUGGGCCUUACGCUCAAGAUUGGAUUACAUGGAAACAAGUUUUUCUACUCGUGGAUGUUGUUUGUUGUUGUGCAGUGCUUUUCCCGAUUGUUUGGUCGAUUAAGAAUCUCCGAGAAGCUGCUAGAACUGAUGGGAAAGCUGCUGUGAAUUUGAUGAAAUUAACAUUAUUCAGGCAUUACUACAUUGUUGUUAUUUGCUACAUAUAUUUCACAAGAGUUGUGGUAUAUGCAUUGGAGACAAUUACCUCGUAUCGAUACCUUUGGACUAGUGUUGUAGCGGGGGAGUUAGCUACAUUGGCUUUCUAUGUGUUUACAGGGUAUAAAUUUAGGCCUGAAGCUCAUAAUCCAUAUUUCAUGAUUGAUGAUGAUGAAGAAGAAGCUGCAGCUGAAGCUUUGAAACUUGAAGACGAAUUUGAAUUGUGAUUAUUUCGCAAUACUGGAAAAAUGACCAAGUGUGUAAUGCCUAGGAUGAUUAUACUGGGACAUCAAUGUGUCAUCAAGGAUUUUGGAAGGUUGAGCUAGCCAGUAGGGUUGCUUCGGGUUGUCUGGGCUGUUCGUCAUGGUUUGUAGUGCAGGGACCAGGCAAACAAUAAUUGGAAGUAAAAUGCUUGGAACGAAAAAGAGCUUGGUGUACUUGUUUCAGUUUGUGACCAUCUAGCCUUCCCCUGGUGGAAACUUCGGUAGCAUGCUCUGCGGAAAAUUUUGACUGCACUUUCUUGAGAAAAACUCUGUUGCAAUAAGUUGUGUUUGAGAUUCAUGGAAGAUCAGUCGUCUGAGGCUCUGAGCAAGGGUAUGCAGUUGUGAUCUCCAGCUCGGUUCUUUAUUAGAGUGAUGAUCAGACAAGUCUAUGUUGAGUAUGUUGCGCUCCUUCCGUUUCAGGAAUUACCAUCACUUUUUAGGCUAAAUUGAAAAUGUGAUGGUAACUCUUUCCUGAAACAGAGGCAGUAUUAUGCUAUAGCGUUUUCUUAA